GGGAGAGGAGCCCAGGAGGAGAUCGCGGCGGGGAGGGGGCGGGAGGGGGGUGGGGGAUCCCGAGGCUCUCGCGGCCCAGAAUCUGGGAAGGCCCGGAGCGGCGCCAGUCGAUCCGCCUCGUCGCAACUUGCCCAGUCCAGACACGCUUCAUCUUGCACCCUGGCAGAAAGAACCCGCCCGCCUCUCCGGCUCCGCUGCUCCUCGGCCUCAGCGAGCCUCGCCGUCGCCAGCUGCGCCUCUGGGGUCUGGAUCCCGAGUGCGGCUCCGUCCUCCUGCAGCGCCCGGCACCCGCCCAGGAGCGCGCAGCUGGGGUGCUGCGGAUACGUUGGUGAAGCGAGAGAAACCACGGCCCUUGUUCCGCUGAUCCUGCAGCCCCAGUGGAUGGAGCCCCGAGCCCACAAACCAGUCAGGAAAGAAAAAAAAUUUCCUGAUGGUUGGUCCCAGCAGGGACUCCCAGGUGGACUGAGGAAUGUCCGGCCCUUCCUCGGCACAUUGAUCUCUGUGGUGACCGCUGGUAUCCCCCAGAAGAACCCCAAAAUGAGAGGCCUGAGAUCAGCAAGUGGGUGCUAGAAAUAUUUUAGUUUCUCCAGAAAACAGCAGAAUGGAGCCGCCACACAAGUUUGUAAGGGCACUGGGCGCUCGCUGACAGCGCGCAGGGGCGCGCGCCCGCCGGUUGCUCCAGCUGCAGGCCCCGGCGCUGCCAUAGCAACGUCCUGGACGCCCGGACCUCUGGCGGCCGCCGCCGCCAACGCAGGGCAGGAGCCGCCUUCCCCAGCUCGCGAGGGCGUGGCGGCGGCGGCCCGGGUCUGGUAGAGGAGCCCGCCUAGCUCCUCCCGCGCACGCACAGAAGGCGGAUUGGCUCGCAAGCAUGCCCUUCCAGAAGCGCGUCUACUACCCGCUGGCCAGCUGCCCCGAGGGGCCCGAUGCCUCCGCGGCCGGCGCGGCCUCCAUGCCCGGUCCCCCGGCCAGCGCGGCGUGGGGACCCCUGCCCUUCUUCCAGUUCCGGCCGCGGCUGGAGAGCGUGGACUGGCGACGGCUGAGCGCCAUCGACGUGGACAAGGUGGCGGGAGCCGUGGACGUGCUGACGCUGCAGGAGAAUAUCAUGAACAUCACCUUUUGUAAACUGGAGGAUGAGAAGUGCCCGCACUGCCACUCGGGGGUGGACCCGGUGCUGCUGAAGCUCAUCCGCCUGGCGCAGCUCACCAUCGAGUACCUGAUGCACUCGCAGGAGUUCCUCACCUCGCAGCUGCACAGCCUGGAGGAGCGGCUGCGCCAGAGCCUGGGUGACUGCGAGCAGAGCAAGGAGCUGCUCGCCAAGCAGACGGGGGAGAUCAAGCUGCUCAAGGAGGAGUGUAAGCGCAGGAAGAAGAUGAUCUCCACCCAGCAGCUGAUGAUCGAGGCGAAAGCCAGCUACUACCAGUGCCAUUUUUGUGACAAGGCCUUUAUGAACCGCGCUUUUCUGCAAAGCCAUGUUCAACGCCGCCACCCUGAAGAUUCUCACGUUGAGUAUAAGGCAAAGGCACAGACCGACAAGCUCCAGAAGGAGGUCGACAUGCUGAAGGAUCAGCUGCAACUGACCAGGUCUCAGUUGGAGGCUGCCCAGCAUGCCCACGCGGUCAGAUUCUCCAAGGAAUAUGAAAUGCAGAAAACAAAAGAGGAAGACUUUCUGAAGUUAUUUGAUAAGUGGAAAGAAGAAGAAAAGGAGAAACUAGUUGAUGAAAUGGAAAAAGUCAAGGAGAUGUUUAUGAGGGAGUUUAAAGAAUUAACUUCCAAGAAUUCAGCACUAGAAUAUCAAUUGUCAGAAAUCCAGAAGUCCAAUAUGCAGAUCAAGUCCAACAUAGGCACGUUGAAGGACGCACACGAGUUUAAGGAAGACCGCCCGAACCCCCAGGAUUUCCAGAACGUGAUGCAGCUGCUUGACAGCCAGGAAAGCAAGUGGACAGCUCGAGUUCAAGCUCUCCAUCAGGAGCACAAGAAAGAGAAGGGUCGGCUCCUGUCACAUAUAGAGAAGCUUCGAACCUCAAUGAUAGACGAUCUAAAUGCAAGUAAUGUUUUCUAUAAGAAAAGGAUAGAAGAGCUAGGCCAGAAGCUCCAGGAGCAGAACGAGCUGAUUAUCACUCAGAGGCAGCAGAUUAAAGAGUUCGCCAGUAAACCAUUGAGCAGCGUCAGUGAACCCAAAGGGAAUUCUUUAACCUGGCAAACUUUUGAAUCUAAGUCCGCUACUCCAGCUCUAACUGCGAAUGCUUCAGCUCUUCAGACUCUAGAAGCCAAAUCUAGUCUAACAAUGGCGCAUGAACAGGCAUUUUCGUCGCACAUACUGGAACCGAUAGAAGAACUCUCAGAGGAAGAAAAAGGUAGGGAGAGUGAACAGAAAUCAAGUAACAAGAGAAACUUAAGAAAAAUUUUGAAGACAAAUCCCUCCCUCACUAAAGAAAUAAAAACAGUCUUGGAGCAGAGCUUGGUGGAGAAACUAGAAACCUUGGGCAUCAAUGCAGACAUACGUGGUAUUCCAAGUGAUCAUAUGAAUAUUGUGAUGAGAACUGUGGAAUCAACAAGACAUGAGCGAGAAAGACAAAUACCCAACAUGCCGCAAAUCCGAGAGCUCCUCGAACACCAGCUCAGCUGUAAAAUUGAAGAGAGAACAUUACUCUCUUCAGAUAAGUACAGUGUUUCUCAAAUGGACACGCUUUCAACUGGAGAAGUACCCAAAGCAAUCCAACUUCCUCCCAAAAGCAGACAAUUGGUUAGACAGAGACCUGUUUUUACUGAUAGGACGGCUGUUCCAAAAAUUAAGAAAGCUAUCCUAGAAGAUCAUCUUCCCAGAAAGUCUUCCUCUACUUCGACGCCUCCCUUCAGUUCAGAGGAGGAGCUGGAUGAUGACGGCUUCAUCCAGGCAUACGUGUCCCCAGAGUUACUUCCUCUGCAGUCGUCUAGAAGCAACAAGAAUGGCAUCGGAAAGAACACUGUCAAAAGUGACACCGACUGGACUGAGGGAAGUGAAGUGGAGGACUCUGAUGUUUCUCCCAAGCCUGCAGGAACUGCCAUUAAAACACUCACUGAAAAAGCUGAAAGGAUGGCUGCACAUCACAGAAAUGUAAAUAAACCAGUUGGCGGGAUUAACGUCACUGAAGUGUUCAUGAUAAAAGAAGAAUUACAAGAACUGAAGUGCGCAGAUGUGGAUGAUGACGACUGGGACAUAUCAUCCUUAGAGGAAGAAAAGUCUCUGGGGAAAAAGGCUGAGAAAGACCUCGUACCUGUGAAGAACGAGUCCAAUUCUACUCAAGUGCGAAACGCCUGGGGCGCAUUCUAGGGGCUCCGGGGGAGAAGGACUUCAAGAAAUGAGUGCUUGAAAAAGCAGCUUAGUAGCUGAGACUGACCGAGUGACUCUUAGAUUCAUAACUACAGUUCCGCACCUCAGAAGAUUCCCCCAGAAGCCCACAGUGUUCAGUGGCGGCCUACGCGAUUCUAAAGCUCCUGCCUUACAGUGUUUCUCUCAGUUACAAGGAAGCCACCUCAGAAAACAAGUGUCUCUUCAACGGCACUCAGUACAGUAUUGUAAAACAAACUGUCGGCAGUAUUUUAAAGCAUAUAAAGGUGUUUCACUUCUGCAGCUAAAAAAAUAACAUGCCAUUAAAGUCAGAAAAAGUGUCUUCUUCAGAAAGGUACUCUAGUGUUAAUUGCAUUUUUUUCAACUAAUCUUUAAGGGAAAUUUUUUUUUUAAUUUAUAGCAAGUUUUGUUUGAAUUAUUACAGCGUUUUAAAUAUCUUGUGCAUAUUGUCACAUUGGACUCAUUGAUAUGAAAUUCCUUAAAAUUGCGAUAGUGCACAGUGAAAUCUUAAGAGUUAGACUGAUUAUUUGUCAUAGUAGAAGUUUAGGAUGAGAACAAUAUAGCUAGGCUCACAUUAAGCACAUCUUCCUAAAUUUCUUAGGCGUAUCCCGCUUUGAGUCACUGUAAGCAUGUUGGCACUAAAUGGUUAUUUUCUGUGCUGUAAUCUUUUAUCUCGGAUAUUUUAUGAAUACAGUGUAGCUAUUUAAAUACCAACUUAUCAGAAUGUGAAUAGAAAAUAUGGAUUCGUUAGUGAAUCUCAUAUGUAGGUAGUUUUUCUUUUUUUGGACUUGAAAAAUAUCCAACCCAUGUUAUAAAAUACCUCAAACUAAUUUAGUUAUGUUGUUGAACAGUGACAUUGUUAAAGGCCAAAAGGUUCAUAUAUAAUGUUUUUUUGCACUUUUUAAUACUUUGUUGUAGGAUCUGUACUUUGUUUCCAAAAAAAAGUAACGUUUUAACUAAAUGAUUCGUUGGAUUUUAGAUCUCUUUUCCUUUGUCAAGCUGUCCAGUAAAGCCCUCUCCAUCACA